UUGGACAGUGAAGAUGAUUACUUUAUGCACAUAUAAGAUAAUGACCAUGUUUUCGAAAACAACUUGUAAACCAUUCUUCCUCUAGCAAGGAGAAGCCAUGGCAGUCGUUGAGCUCCUCUCCCUCUUCUCGGUUCUCUUCAUCGUGUUUCUUCUUCUCCGAUCCCUCUCUGCCUCCAAAUCCCAAACCCUACUCCCUCCAGGCCCCUUUGCCCUACCCAUCAUCGGCCACUUCCACCUCCUCAGCCCUCUCAUCCACCAAUCCUUCUACAAACUCUCCCUCCAGUUCGGCCCUUUAUUCUCUCUCCGCCUUGGCUCCGUCCCAUGCAUCGUCAUUUCUUCCCCAGACCUCGCGAAAGAGUCCCUCAAGACCCACGAGCUCUCCUUCAUAUCCCGCUCUCAGUCCAUGGCCAUUCAGCGCCUCACCUACAACUCCUCCCUUGCAUUUGGACCCUAUGACCCUUAUUAUAAAUUCAUCAAGAAGCUCAGCCUGAAUGAGUUUCUAAGCAGCCGUAGCGUCAGCAACUUCGCUUCUAUUCGAACCCAAGAGUACCUAAGGCUUUUUAGGCUGUUGGCCAAGAAAGCUGAGAGUGGUGAAGCUGUUAAUCUCACCGAGGAGUUACCAAAGCUUUCCAACAAUGUGAUCGCAAAAAUGAUGUUGGGGAAUUCUAAGGGGUCUAGUGCUGAAGGCAGAGACGAGGAGGCUAGGCUUGUGGUGAGAGAGGUAACUAGGAUUUUUGGGGAGUUUAACUUGUCAGAUUUUGUUUGGUUUUGCAAGAAGUUGGAUUUGCAGGGAUUUGGGAAGAGAAUUGAAGACACUCAUCGGAGAUUCGACGCGUUGGUGGAGAAGGUUAUUUCAGAACGUGAAAAACUGAGAAAGAAAAACAUGAAAAAUGAAGGAGGCAGUGGUGGCGAGGAGGUGAAGGAUUUUCUUGACAUUUUGCUUGAUAUACUGGAAAAAGGGAGUGCUGAGAGUGAGGGGGUGGAAUUUACAAGAGUGCACAUCAAGGCUUUAGUCAUGGAUUUCUUCACGGCAGGUACAGAUACAACCGCCAUUUCAAUGGAGUGGGCACUAGCAGAGCUCAUCAACCACCCGAAGGUGCUGGAGAAAGCAAGGGAGGAGAUUGAUCGAGUCGUUGGGAAUAGACGGAUAGUCGUAGAAUCAGACGGUCCAAGCCUUCCAUACAUACAAGCCAUCAUAAAAGAAACACUGAGACUGCACCCACCUGUGCCUAUGAUCCCAAGAAAGAGUGUACAAAAGUGUAACAUUGGAAACUAUGUGAUCCCAGAAAACACAAUGCUAUUUGUGAAUGCUUGGGCCAUCGGAAGGGACCCAAAGUAUUGGGAAAAUCCUUUGCACUUUUACCCUGAAAGAUUCUUAGCACCACUCAGUGGUGGAGGAGAUGGAGCGCGUGCAUUAGAUCUUAGGGGGCAACAUUUUCAGCUGCUUCCGUUUGGGACCGGGAGGAGGAUAUGCCCUGGUAUAAACCUAGCCCUGCAAAUGCUGCCAGCCCUACUUGGUGCAAUGGUUCAAUGCUUUGAUUGGAAAGUUGUUGGGGUAAAUCAGAAGCAUAUGAACGGUGAUGAGGUUCUGGAAAUGGAUGAACGGCCAGGAAUGGCAACUCCACGAGCCCAUGAUUUGAUUUGUAUUCCAGUGGUACGUUUUGAUCCCGAGUUGUAUCCUUGACCCAUAAAGCAGGUGAGCAUAUUGUAAUUGUUUGAAGACUUUGAUCCAAAUGAAGUUUGAGGACUUGAAGUGGGUGUCAAACUUACAUGGAAAUGGAUAAAUAACACUACGUUAUUUCUAUUCCUAUUUAAGUUUUCUUUUUCGAAGUACUUUUAUGAUUAAGGCUUACUUAAGCCUCAUGUACAUUACAUGAAGUCUCACUUUAUUUCUACAGUUUGUCA